CAGCUUCCUUUGGAGCUCCAACACUUCGAGGCCUGGUCAGCCUCUCUUCAUCUUCAGACAGCGUUCCAGUGCGGCCCUGAAGGUGCCAUUCCAAAAUUUUCUCACCACCGCUGCACGACAGAAGUUGAUCAUCUUAGUCAACCCAUCUACCAUGGCCGACCCAGAGGUAGCUGCCAAAGCUCCCGAGAGCGAUGCCCAGGCGACUGCGCCUACCUCCAGCGAGACUCCCCAACCGCCCAUGGGCGAGCACUGCACGUCGAACAGACCAACACCAGUUGGGCAGGCCUCAACAGGCGAGAUUACCAAGCUCAAUGACGUAGAUGUCUACAUCUCCAAGCCCCCCGACUACCCCCACACUCCCUCCCGCCUCCUCCUGCUCCUGACGCCCGGCACGGGGCUGCACAGCGUCAACAACCAGAUCCAAGCCGACCGCUUCGCAAGCGAGGGCUACGUGGUGGUGAUGCCGGACCUGUUCGCGGGGGAUCCGGCGCCCAACAGCAGCACGGCGGCCGAGGUGGCGGCCGAGGCCAGCAACGAGACGCCGUCGCUGCUCGACACAUUCAAGAUCAAGGCGGCCGAGGCGGCCAAGUCGUUCCUGAUCGACAUGUGGCUGGCGCGGCACACCGAGGAGAAGGUUCUGCCCAUCCUGCACCGUGUGCUCGACGCCUGCCGCGACGAGUUCGCCGACGCAAUCUCCCAAGGCGGCGGCGCCUACGCAGUCGGGUACUGCUUUGGCGCCCGCUACGUGAUUCUCCUCGCUGCGCAGCGGCCUGCCUCUUCCACGAGAGGAGGAGGAGGGGAUGAGGAGGCUGCCAAGCCAAACACGGAAGGCCCGUAUAUCAAGGCUGGCGCGCUCGCGCAUCCUACUUUGGUGUCCAAGGGGGACUUUGUCGGGUUGAAGGCGCCGGUCAGUGUGGUUUCGGUAGAGAAUGACCCCCUGUUUCCGGAUGAGGUUAGGAUUGCUGGGGAGGAUUAUAUGAGCGCGAAUGGGGUUGAGCACGAGGUGCAGGUUUACCCAGGGGUACCACACGGAUUCGCCGUUGUGGGGGAAUACGAGGAUCCGAACAUCAAGAGUGCGCAAGCGACUGCGUUUGAUCAGAUGCUGAAAUGGAUUCAGGAGCAUUGAGUGGAAGCCGGACAUUCACUCUUAAGGCGUUUGGGUUGGGAUGGGAUUUGGCUUGUUCAAAGACUUUUUCUGCAGGCGGCAGUUGCCAUACGUUGCUGUUGCGUAUCACUGUUUUUCCCCUUUUCCAUAUCAAGCUCGUUUUUGAGGGCUGGUCGGGCAGCCCUAUGAGAUUGUGGAUACAAUCUUGCCCGUUGUCUUGUUCUGCUCAAGGAGCUUAUGCGCCUGCACAAUCUCUUCCCAUGGCAAGACGGUAUCGAUCAGGAUCUUCAGCUCCCCGCUGUCAAACUUGGGCAGGUACUCCUCCAAACGGUCCCUCAGCUUACCCUGGUAUUCCUCAUCACGACUCCUCAAGGUGCUACCCUCGACGCGCGCCCGCUUGUAGAGUAGUU